GCAUUAACUCUAAACCCACCACCCCCCCCCCACGCACGCCGGAGAAAACAAGAGGUGGGAAAACCCAGCACCAACCUCCAUCGGACAUCGCCGUCGCCAUGGGCUGCGCCUCCUCCAAGCGGACCGAGUCCAAGGUCGACGUCUACCGCCCCCCGCCCUCCAGCUUCGCCGUCUUCGACAUCAACUCCAUCGAGGAGCCGUGGCUCCUCGUCGACAAGAGCGACAAGGAACCAGAGAAGGACGGCGCUCCUCCUGCUCCGGACCGCCACGCCCCCGACGGCAAGCCCUCGCACGUGCCCGACCCUAUUCUCCAGAAGCUCCGCACCCUCGAGUCGACCGAGUCCCCACAAUCCUGGGUCGAGGUCAGCAAGGCCCUCGAGGACCUCAAGACGGCCGCUGCCGCCGCGCCGCCGCCGCCCCCUCCUAAGCCGCUGCCGCCUUCGGCGAACAAUGGUGCGGGAGAGGCGGCGCAGAGGGACGGGGCGCCGCGGAAGAGCGUGUCGUUCCACACGCUCGAGGAGCUCGAUGCGAAGCUGUCCACGAAGCCGGCGGAGCAGCCGCUGCGCAAGACCGAGUCGAUGCGGAGCGACCCGAGGAGGAAGGUUGAGUCGCCAGUCGCGGCCGAGUCGAGGGCGGCCGAGUUGAGGGCGGCGGAGCCGGCGGCGGGGUUCAAGUCAGUGAAGAACAACAUCUUCAUCGUGAAAGACAGGCUGGAGCGAGAGAAGGAAGGUAAGAUGGCCAAUUACGACCGGAUGCUGCUGAGCAAGCGGGACCCGCUGAGCGUGUUCCCGGAGAAGUGCCCGCCGCGUGGCGAAGACUCGCUGGUCAUAUACACGACGUCCAUGCGCGGCGUCCGCCGCACGCACGAGGACUGCGCGCGCGCGAGGUCGAUACUGGAGAUCCACCGCGCGGUGUUCGACGAGCGCGACGUGGCGCUGCACGGCGAGUUCCUCAGCGAGCUGCGGGAGAUCCUCGGGGGUGAGGAGGGGGUCGCGCCGGGGCCCGUGCCGUUGCCCCGCGUGUUCCUCAAGGGCCGGUACCUGGGGGGCGUGGAGGAGCUCGUGAAGCUGAACGAGACGGGCCGGUUCGGGAAGCUGCUGGCCUUCGCCGGGGUGGAGCGGGGACCCGGGAGGCUGGCGUGCGAGGGGUGCGGCGGGGGCCGGUUCGUGCCGUGCCUGGACUGCGGGGGGAGUUGCAAGGUGGUGGUGGAGGGCAGGAAGGAGAGGUGCGGCAAGUGCAACGAGAACGGGCUCGUGCACUGUCCCGUCUGUCUCUAGGGGCGCUCGUAGGAGUCAUCAUCAUCGGCCGACCAUAGUCAUCGUUCCGGCGUCGAUGUCGAUGACGAAACACAUCCUAUCAAGCGAUGAUAAUCCGACAUCCGAUGAUCUCUUUCAGGAAUUGGAGAUCACAAUGCCAAAACGCACCGUAUCAAGUCUCACCAAUUUUCCUCUUUAUCUUUUGUACAUAGUGGUGGGCAUGUGCUUUGCUUUGUUCAGUUUGUUUUGUUUAUCAGAAAGAAAUGAUCUUGAUUUA